AUGACAAUAAUCUCUGAUCUUUCACAAGAUUUGAUAGAGGAGAUACUCUCUAGGGUUCAGUUAGCAUCUCAGCGAGUGGCUAGAUCCACUUGCAAACAAUGGAACGGUCUGUAUAAAGAUGAAAGCCUUACAAAGAAUCAACGUGGUAAAGCUGCUUAUGAUAAUAUGGUGGUCAGGGUGUGUGAUUCUAGGGUUUGUUUAGUGAGGGUCGAUCUCGAGGGAGUUCAUAACAACAAAGAUGGCUUAGUUGAGAUAUCUACAAAGCUAAUGGAUCAACAAAAUCGAGUCAAGCAUUAUCGUGAGGGCUUGUCUUUGAAAGGAAAUAAUUACUUUGUUGCUCAGAGAGUGAAAGAAGUAGAUCAGAUGGGAGAAUAUUUAAUCUGUUUUGAUUUUACAAGUGAUAGAUUUAGACAUUGUCUUGAUCUGAACUCUCGUAAUGGAGACUCUGUGAUUCUAUCUUCUGUUAGAGAUGAACAGCUUGCACUGUUAUUUUACAGUGUUGAUACAUAUGAGAUUGAGAUACAGAUUACAACAAAGAUCGAGGCCAAUGAGUUGACAUGGAUAAAUUUCUUAAAAGUUGAUUUGAAGCCGUUCACUGGAAUGUUAAGGAAGUUUCUUUGGUGUGGGUAUGGGAGUUUCUUCGUCGACGAGAAGAAGAAAGUGGCAUUGAUUUGGGAUGAACACUACCCCAAAGCUUACCUCAUUGGAGAGGAUAAUUACUUCACAGUAGCUGCUCUAGGAAAUUUUAUAUAUUAUUGGGCAGUUGUGUACUCUUAUGUUCCGAGUUCGGUGCAGAUUCAAAAGGUCCAGUACAUGCAGGAGGCUAAAGGAAAGUACACAAUUGUAGAAGAUACCUACAAGUAUUACAUUUAA